AAUGAAAACAUUAUUUUCAGAAAUCCACAGUAGAAUUGGAUUUCUAGUUUAAUUUACUUUUACUCUCAUGUGAAACCCUCAAAAUGUCGCAAACAUUUUUACUGGAGCCCGAUAUAAUAGCCGCAACUGAAAAUGUUAUGCCAGAUCUCAACAAUGAUUUGGUUCUGGCGAAGAAUUUCCUGAAGCAGCAAUGCGCGGCCACAGGAGACACACUAUACGACCACCUAGUGGACGUGGUGCACAAGAUCCUGUCGCAGAAGCCGCCGGACGUGGUGGACAGCUUCGAGCAGUACUCCUGGGAGGUGAAGCAGGAGAAGUUCCGUCCCAACUUCGACCUCCUCAACGACAUAUACCUAUCGCCGCCGCAGCUGUCUAUUGUGCGACGCGUUGAUGAAAUGUUCAGGUUAGUUGCCAGCAAGUCUCAAAAGCUAGAAGAUAUGGGAGAAGAGGAGCAGGAGUUAGAUUUAGAAGAAGACAACGUGAAGCCGCGGAUCUCGGAUUUAAUCGACCAUAAUUAUUAUUUUCGUGAGGCUGGUUAUGGUCUCCCAGACAGUGAGUGCUACGCAGUAUACAUCGCGCUCAACAUGCUAGCGAUCAAGGAGCCGGUUGCUACCGUUCGUUUCUUCGGCAAGAUUUAUGGUACAAAAGCAAACUAUUACGUGGCGGAGACAGAUCUGACUAUCGAAGAACUCGACAGGAGGAUUAGGGAGUUCGAGAUGAAGGACAUGCCUGGAGAGGGGGAGGGGGAAGGGGAGGGUCGCAUGCAAGAGGCUGAGGAGCAGAAGGAACUGAUGGGCGAAGGCGAAGCUCGGGAAGAGAAACCGAAGGAACCAGUGCCUCCGAAGCUACCUCCAGAACCGGUGUCUACCUGGCAGCCCCCUCCACCGAUACCCGUCGAGCGACCAGGGCAAGGCGUCAAUAAAAAGGUGUACUGGGUGUGCAACCAACCAGGCGAACCGUGGAUAUGCUUGCCAGACCUCAUACCUGAGCAAAUCCGCGUGGCGAGGCUCACUGUUCGCUGCAUGACCGGAGAUCUUGAUGCAGAGGUGCUGAGUUUCCCCCCAUUCGAAGGCACAGAACGCAACUUCCUUCGGGCACAAAUCGCGCGCAUCGCUGCAGGCAGCUGCGUCUCCCCCCAAGGGUUUUUCACCUUCGGUUCGGGCGAGGAAGAGGAGGAUAUUGACAUGGAAGAGGGCGGUGGUGACCUGGACUUCAACCCCAAUCCGUUCUACCAGGGGCACACGUUGAAGGACCUCUUGGACCCCAAUCUCACGUACUGGGUGCACCAUGGACGCCAUAUCCUCAAGCAAGGUCGCACCAUUUGGUGGAACCCCAAUGCUGGGAUAGAGGAGGGCGUCGAAGAAGAAGAAGACGAAGGCCCUCCCCCCAUGGAGCCCGAGUCCGGCCCCCCUCUCUUCACCCCCCUAUCAGAGGAUGCGAGGGUCGAAGGCUUACCAGCUUGGACCCCUCGAUGCAGCUCCAUUCUAGCGCCGGACCGAGCACUCGCUGUGCUCAGGAGCAACGUCUGGCCUGGGGCUGUUGCUUACGCGACCUCUGGCAAGAAAGCAGAAUGCAUGUACGUUGGCUGGGGGCUAAAGUUCCAGCCGCCCAACUUCUCACCGCUUCAGCUGCCGCGGCCACAGGACGAGUACCCCAUCGGGCCUGAGGUCAUGGAGAUGGCAGACCCAACAUUUGCUGACGAGGAGGCAUACCGCAUCGCGCAUCUUCCGCCCCCACCCCCGCCCGAGUUGCCUGGAGAGGGGGAAGGCUUCGGCGAGGAGGAAGAGGACGAGGACUAGCACCUUAUGCCCACGCAGUAAGGUUGAGAAUGACUGGCCAUUGAUCAUGCUUGGUACACUAAAGCCCGGUCCGUGAGCACGUAGAAUUUUGUCCAAUGACCCCUAGCUACCCAUCCUACUCGCGCGUAAUUGCUGUUGCGACU